CCGGGAAGCAGAUGUCGACGCUGGCAGGUGGGGCGUAUAAAAGCUCGCGGAGGGGGGGGGUUAGGGUGCCCUUGAGUAAAUUAUGUCUGCUACUGCUACUACUCCGCUAAUCCCUACUUACACACCGAGCACAACCGCCGGCCUCUCCCCCGCGGAGAUCGACUAUGUCUCGUCCUACCACUACGUCCCCACGCAAUGGAUCUGCAUCCUCUUCGUCGUUCUCUUCUCCAUCUCCUUCGUCCUGCACGUCGCCCAGGCACUCUACUAUCGCAUGUGGUGGCUCUUCAUCACCGUCAUCCCCGGCACCGCAGGCGAAGUGAUCGGCUGGGCCGGGCGCCUCUGGUCGUUCUACAACCUGCUCAACCAGGUGCCCUUCAAGAUGCAACUGGUCUCGCUGGUGAUCGCCCCGACCCCGCUCCUCGCAGCCGUCUUCGUCCUCCUGGGCAGGCUCAUCGCGCGGCUGGGGCCGCAGUACAGCCGGCUGCCCCCGCGGUGGUACACAAUUGUCUUCGUUUCCUGCGACGUGAUCUCCCUCCUCCUCCAAGCGGCGGGCGGCGCGCGCGCCGCGUCGGCGUACAGCAUCGAGUCCAUCCACCAAGGCAGCAACAUCCUCCUCGCGGGUAUCGCUUUCCAACUAGGCGCGAUGUCCAUCUUCCUCCUCCUCGCCACCGAAUUCGGGCUCAACUACCUCCUCGCGCGCCCCGUCCGCCACACCUCCACCAAGCGCGGGGCGCUCGACGCGCGGCUCGCGUGGUUAGCGGUGGGGGUUGGGCUGAGUACGCUCUUUUUAUACGUGCGGGCGAUCUACAGGACGAUCGAGCUCGCGGACGGGUGGCUCGGCCAUGUGAUUCGCGUGCAAGCGUACUUUGACGGGAUGGACGGCGCGAUGGUCGUGCUGGCGGUGUGGACGCUCAAUUUCCUGCACCCAGGGUUCCUGCUCCGUGAGCCCGUGGAUGCGAAGGGGUGGGACGGGGAGAAGGGAGUUGGGGUGACGAAGGCGUGAGCUUUCGUUCGUGGUGCGGGAUGGGUCUUUCAGUUCGGACAGGAGCUGCCGGGUAUUCCUCUCCCCAGCGCUCAGACUCAGUGGCUCGGAUCGUUGGAUAUAUGCAUGUGGCCUUCUUUUUAGCUCCAGAUUUACCUCGGAUUCAGGCAUUGGCUCCUUCACUCAUUUGGACUCAAUUCCUCAAUACACAUCUGCGAGUAAGUACUUAGCCAUGUCCCAUCCUAUGCAAGUGCUGUGAACGAUCAGUACUUAGUACUCAGUGCGAC